UUUACAAGAAUACCUAACCUUGCCGCUAACCCUUUCUCUCCCUUGGUUCCGCCAAUUUCAUUCACACCCAGAAAAAAACAUGUCAAUGCAGGCAAACAAUCCCUUUCCUUUCCUUCCCAUUCUCUUCCUUCUCAAAGAAAAGCAACCUCUUUCUCCCCUAUAUCAUCACUCAUCAACCAUGCCAUUACCAAUCAUCAUCAACAAAUUCUACGAACCUUAUUAACUCACAAACUUCCGUUCAUUACCUUCCUGUUUCAGCUCUUUUUCCCCCUUUUUUCUUUUCCAUAACAACUGAUGGAGUCUCAAGAACCAAACGUUACCAGCUCCACUUCGAUGCCUUUGAUGUACUCGAACCGGAUGAUGUUGAAAACCAUAUUGGAAAGUAGCGAUGGCGAGAUGGGGUUGAUUGGUAAGACAGUGGUGGUUGGAGGGUGGGUGAAAUCUUCCAAGGAGGUGAAAAAGGACCCUGUGCCAUCGCCACCUGCUGCAGCUGAUGCUUUCCCCGUUUCUCAAAGGCCGAAGGACGUAACCUGUGUGGAAAUUCUUCAAUCUCGAAUCCCGUUUUUCAGGACUAUUAUCAGGGUUUUGGGUGGUUCUGCUAGUUCCCCUGCUGUUCGAGAAAAGCUGGAGUCUUUGAUUCCCAAACCACCUCCUCCUUCGACAUUCUUUCUACAAAUUAAUGAUGGCUCUUGCCUUUCAAGUCUUCAGGUUGUGAUAGAUUCCGCUAAAGCUCCAGUGUCUGCAGGCCAGAUUCUACCAACUGGAACAUGUAUAUUAGCUGAAGGUGUUUUGGAAAAACCUUCAGCACAUGGAAAACGAACAAUUGAGCUUAAAGUAGAGAAAGUUCUUCAUGUUGGGACAGUAGAGCAGGAUAAGUAUCCAUUGUCAAGGAAAAGAUUACCCCUUGAUUCUUUAAGGGAUUAUGCCCAUAUUCGUCCUAGGACAACUACGGUGGCGUCUGUUACACGAAUUCGCAGCACCCUAGACUUCGCAACCCACACAUUCUUCCAGAACCAUGGUUUUUUACUUGUGCAACUGCCGAUCAUAACGACUACAGACUCUGAAGGGUUCAGCGAAAAGUUUCUGGUUACAACUCUUCUAGGAAAGACAAGCAAGGAAGAGCCAGUCGGUGUUAGUGAUGCUGAUGGUGUUAGCCUUGAAACAGUUAAGGCUUCUAUAAAGGACAAAUCAAGUCUAUUUGAACAACUCAAGAGAAGUGACAGCGAUAAAGAAUUACUUGCUGCUGCUCUUCAGGACCUGCGGAAAACAAAUGAAUUAGCGCGACAGAUUGAAGCAAGAGAAAAAUCCAAACCAGUAACUGCAGUGAAGCAUGACUUAGUGAACCUCAAUGAAGAUUUCUUUGGUCGCCCGAGUUAUUUAACUGUUUCUGGUCGCCUUCAUCUGGAGAGCUAUGCAUGUUCUCUUGGUAACGUUUACUCAUUUGGACCCAGAUUUCGAGCUGAUAAAACAGUGUCCGCCAAACAUGCGGCUGAAAUGUGGACGGUUGAGGUUGAAAUGGCUUUUUCACAAUUAGAGGACGCCAUGAAAUAUGCAGAGAACUAUUUGAAAUUUCUCUGCAGCUGGAUAUUGGAUAACUGUUCAGAAGACAUGAAGUUUCUCUCAAAAAGAGUUGACAAGACUGUUACUCAUCAUCUUGAAUAUUUGACAUUAUGUUCUUAUGACAAGAUUUCCUAUAGAGAGGCAGUAGAAAUUUUGAGAAAGGUAAACCUGUACAACAUGUACUUCCUAUAUUUAUGCCCAGCCAACAUAUCAACCAUAUCUUUAGCAACUUCUGUCCGCAAAAGUUUUGAUUUCAUUCUUCAACACCAGGUCACAGAUAAGGCUUUUGAAACACAACUUCGGUGGGGCGUCCCUUUAACAGCUGAACAUCUAAGCUACUUGGCUGAUGAUCACUAUAAGAAGCCUGUAAUUAUUUAUGAUUAUCCAAAAGCAGUUAAGCCAUUUUAUGUACGCUUGAAUGAUGAUGAAAAAACAGUUGCAGCAUUUGAGAUGGUUGUACCCAAGAUUGGAACCUUGAUUACAGGCAGCCAAAAUGAAGAGCGCUUUGACAUGCUAAAUACAAGGAUCAAGGAAUUUGACUUGUCAAGAGAUCAGUAUGAAUGGUACCUAGAUCUUCGCAGGCAUGGAACAGUCCAGCACUCUGGAUUCAGCCUGCAGUUCGACCUGAUGGUUCUCCUUACCACUGGCCUCACUGAUGUCAGAGAUGUGAUUCCUUUUCCCCGUAGUCAUGGCAAAGCCAACAACUAGGAGGGUGUCUUGCCGAAGUACAUAAAAAUAGAUAUAUCAAGUUUCAACUUGCUUGUGUUUCAAAUGAAGAGAAACUUGUGUAAAUAGAUGUACUUAAUGCAACAUACGAGAAAUAUCUUACUCUUAUAGUUAGAGAUUAUUCUUGUUUAUACCAAGUGCACAAAAAUGAAAAUAAACUGUGGAAUUUAUUAAAGGAAA